AUGUUCACGACGGCCCCGAUCUUAAUCCUUUUUAACUACGAAAGAGAAACCAUCCUGGAAGUCGACGCGUCGAAAUGGUGUGUCGGGGGAACGCUCUUCCAAGUUGACGACGAAGGAGUCGUACGCCCCUGCGCGUUCUUCUUAAAGAAGAACUGUCCAGCCGAAUGUAACUACGAGAUUUACGAUAAGGAAAUGCUCGCUAUUAUACGAUACCUAGAGGAAUGGGACGCCGAACUACGAAGCGUCGAGAAAUUCGAGAUCCGGUCUGACCAUAAGAACCUCGAAUACUUCAUGACCGUACGAAAACUAACUAAGAGACAAAUACGUUGGUCCCUCAUCCUAUCGAGGUAUAACUUCACAAUCACGUACGUCCCCGGGAAGCAGAAUAUUCGAGCAGAUGCCCUCUCUCGAAGAGAGUAG